AUGAGCAAAGCAAGCUUUUUCAUUGUCAUGAAUUUAAAAGAUAGUCCUCUUCAAAAUUAUCCGACAGCUGCUCUUUUGUUACUUUCCAGUGUUACUGGAUUGUUCGGGGUUACACUUUAUGCGAUCUCGAUUAAUUUCAUCUUCAGAUAUUUCGCACUACAGAGAGCCGGCCGUCUACGAUAUUUUGCCGGAAAAUUCCUCAUCGUUUGGAUGGUUUAUCCCUUUGUCAUUGCGGUGAUUGCAAUGGCGGUAGUAUAUCAGAUGGGUCCAAACGAACGUAUGACUGCUCUUUUGAGACAAGAUCUGAAGAAAAUGUACGAUUUGGAUAUUGACAAGGCUACGUAUUCUGGAUGUUUCUACUAUACCAUUGAUGAAUAUGAUUUCUUCCGUCGAAUAUUCUCGAAAAACGAAGUGGCUUCUGUGACCCUUUACGAACCAAAUAUGGACAGUAUCCCUCCUUGA